AUGGCGCUCCCACCAAUAAAGAGGAAGCUGUCUGCCAAGUUAACCAAGAUAGCCUCUGGUUCAGGCAGCCACCCAGUGGAAGAGAGUUGUGACGUCCUGGAUGAGUACCGGACUGACAGCUCUGGUGCCACAUCCCCCACUGCUGUUUUUUUUUUUCAGCGGCCAUUACGACUAG